GGAACCGCUAGAUUGGAAGGCCAGAAUGAAAAUAGCAGCCGGUGCAGGCAAAGGUUUAAAAUACCUGCAUGACAAAGCAAAUCCCCCGGUUAUUAAUAGAAAUUUCAAGUCAUCCAAUAUAUUGCUGGAUGAAGGGUUCCAUCCAAAGCUCUCUGAUUUUGGUCUUGCGAAGCUUGCUCCUGUUGGAGACAAAUCACAUGUUUCCACGAGGGUCGUGGGCACUAAUGGCUAUUGCAGUCCAGAGAAUGCACUGACUGGACAAUUAACCAUUAAAUCUGACGUCUAUAGUUUCGCCGUUGUCAUUUUAGAGCUGAUCACUGGACACAAAGCCAUCGACAGCUCCUGUCCCCAUGGAGAACGGAACCUUGUAACAUUGGCACGUCCAUUAUUCAAUGACAGGCGAAGAUUCUCGAAAUUGGCGGAUCCAAUGUUGCAGGGGCGUUAUCGAUUAUGGCGUCUAUAUAAGGCACUUUCUGUGGCAUCCAUGUGUAUACAAAAGCAGGCGGCUGCGCGUCCUCUCAUUGGGGACAGGGUGAUGGCACUUUCUUACCUAGCGAACCAGGCAAACGAUCCUAACAUAGCUUCUAAUUUCGGGAACAAAGGAACUGCUGUCAAUGAGAGAGGCGGUACCAUUUUGAGGAACUAGGAUGCUGGAGGGUCUGGGCGCAUCAGCAGGGAAUUCGAGGAGUCUGGGAAGAACGAUUCUCCAAGGGACGGUAAGUUGUUAAAAAGGGACGUGAAUAGAGAAAGGGCCGUGGCCGAG